GCCCCAUCCUUCCCAAGCCCUCUUGGAUUUGAUUUCUUCUAAAUCGCGUUCCGUCUACUUCGCCUUCGGACAUAUUCUUAGUCCCACGGUCGCUGCUGGUCAUGCUGCGGCUGCCCUCACGGCCCAGAGCACCUCUCGGGGCGCAGCGCUGUGCCCUCCGCUAUCGGCGCACACCGCAGUCAUUCCAUCGUCUCACUUAUCGCGAACUGUCGAGCUCUUCCGCGACGUUUCCCACGUCAUCUCAAUUCAAUAGAUCGGAUUUUACAAGCCAGCCCUGGAGCGGUAGUUAUGAGCCUGGGUUGCCCACGACCGGGCCCCUGGCGUCUGCUCCGGCCUUCGGAGCUCCCAGGAUCACGCCCAAAGUGUUGAAGCAAUACCUCGACCAGUUUGUGGUUGGACAGGAUCGUGCCAAGAAGAUUUUGAGUGUCGCUGUGUAUAACCAUUAUCAGCGCGUGCAAGAGCUUCAACGGCGCGAGGAAGAAGCAGCAGAACUUCUGGCAAAGCGCGCGCGGAGGGAGGCAAUUGAACAUCAUCCGGUAGAAGAUGAAUUUCCAGGUCAGCAACAAACCACUGCCUCUCCUCUUCACCCGCCGUCCUCCUCGGCCUCCCCCGACGCCGAGCUCGAUGCUACGUCGCCACUACAAUUAGAGAAAUCCAAUAUUCUUUUGCUGGGGCCAUCUGGCGUCGGAAAGACACUGAUGGCAAAAACCCUGGCAAAGAUCUUGUCGGUUCCCUUCAGUAUUUCCGACUGCACUCCGUUCACGCAGGCUGGCUACAUCGGAGAGGAUGCAGAGGUAUGCAUUCACCGACUUCUAGCCGCAUCCAACUAUGACGCCGAGCAAGCUGAGCGGGGUAUCAUUGUUCUGGACGAGAUCGAUAAGAUCGCCGCUGCGAAAGUCAGUCACGGAAAGGACGUUAGUGGAGAAGGUGUGCAGCAAGCCCUUCUCAAAAUUAUCGAAGGCACCACCGUCCAAGUACAGGCAAAACAGGAGAGAAACGCCCCUCGCGUUGGGGGCGCCCCCAACACAUACCCAUCAAACAGCCCGCUAGGAAACUCGCCGUAUUCGCCUUCCAAUGGCGGGAACGUCCCCCAGAAGGGAGAGGUUUACAACGUACGGACCGAUAAUAUUUUGUUCAUCUUUUCGGGCGCAUUUGUUGGGUUGCACAAGAUGAUUAUGGACCGGAUAUCGCGCGGUUCGAUCGGGUUCGGCCAACCAGUCCGUUCACAAUCCAGUCCCGGUGGACACUCUGAGGAGUCCGAUCAUACAAACAAUCAACCGGUUCCCAUCCUCCCAGGCUCGGAAGAAGAAGCGUUGUACAAGAAGCAUCUUCCUUUCUUCAGUUCGGCCACCUCCGAGUCGCCUGACAGCGAGCCCACGUACUUCAAUGCUUUGGACCUUCUCAACCCUACCGACCUGCAAAACUACGGAUUCAUUCCUGAGCUUGUGGGCCGUGUUCCGGUCACGGCUGCUCUCUCUACAUUAUCCACGCCGCUUCUUGUCCGGAUCCUCACAGAACCUCGCAACUCCCUUCAAGCUCAAUACACCACGCUAUUUUCUCUCUCGGGCAUUGAACUGCGAUUCACCACCCCUGCUCUACAUAAGAUUGCCGCGAAUGCUUUCAAAAUGGGAACCGGGGCACGUGCUCUUCGCACCGAGUUGGAAACCAUCCUCAGUGACGCCAUGUUCGAAACCCCCGGGUCGAGUGUGAAAUUCGUCCUAGUCACCGAAGCUGUCGCCGCGCGCAGCGAAAAGCCCAUCUAUCUUGCCCGAGGGCAGGGCGGACGCUUUCACUCCAUGAUUGCGGCGGAGGAGAGCCAGUGGGAGGAAAAACUGCGUCGGGAGAAGAAGGAGAAGGCUAAGUGGAAGACCAAGGCCCAGUCUCCCUCCAUGCAAGAACCUCCCGUCUGGAACUUCCGGGAAUAUCGAAAGCGCGCGGUGGGAUCUUAGUUGGUGGCUGUCAGCCCUGGGAAUGGUUUCCUAUUUGUAUGUACAGGAGCAUAUGCUUUCUAUGAUCUGGUUUAUGUUAUACCACGUCAGGCUAGUAUUGACCUUAGUCUAGCCUAUCAUUCUUUUUACGUUUAGCGAAUAUUAGUUAUUC